AUGUCGAGUGACUCGUCGCGCUUGUCCGGCGAGUCUUCGGGAAAUGAGUCCGAGGGGCGGUCCCCGAACGGUGUUUUCAGGGUGUUCGGACGCCGGGCGAAGAUCGAGUGGACCGCGGAGACGGAGUCAGCGGCAAUGAGGGACCUCGUCGAGCGGAGGGAGAGUAUCUUCCAGCAGCAGCGAGAGCUGAACAACGCUCGACUGCAAGCCGAAUCGGAGAAACUGGCGAAGCAACACCUCGCCCAGUUCUCGACGCGCAACAACACGCCUGCCAGCAACCUGAACGCCUACAAACGCUUCUGCAAGCUCGUCGACGUCCCGCCGUACCCGAUUACCUUCCCGCUCCUCUCGCUCGCCAUGUUCGUCCGCUGCUCCACCAAAAACGGCCACUCUGCGACGUUUAAGCACGACCUGCAGCAUGUCAUGCACGCGACAACGACUCCAUGGGAAGGAGAGGCUGGGUACAAGAUGCUGGUCGAGAUGGAUCGCGAGGGUACGGCUCUGAAGGAGCUCAUGGACGAGCGGAGGACGGUGCGGCUCAAACCUCAAAUCGGCCUUGUCUUUCCCGCCAGCUUUCCGAGGAAGGCUCAGCCCGCGACGUUUCGCCGCGAAGACUCACAGCGCGAAGACAGCGAGUCUGACACCGAGCAAGAGGACCACAAGUCGAAGCCUGGCGAACGCAUCGUUCAGACAGCAACGCCCGGCCUUCCGCAGCCUCGCGACUCAUCCGAUUCGCCUCAAGCUGCUCUCGCCCAGGUCAUCAAAGCGCUCGUCCCCGUCUACGGUAUUUCCGCACGCAUCUGGGCUUCUGACGAAUCGUCGGCCGACAUUGCCUGCAACCGACACCACCGGCACUACCGCACUAAGCCUGGCGGUUGCUGCGAGUUCUGCAUUCACCUCGAGCUCGACGAACAUUCAUUGCGCUGGGUCGUCGACGACGACGAGCACAAUCACAAUCCUGACCCUCGCAUCGUCGAGGACCCGACUUGGCGACCGCCGAUCCGUAUGAAGCUCGCGCGCGAUGCGCUCGGAAUGGGUCCGCUCGUGCCGAAGCGCUCAAAGGGAGGUAGGCGGAGGCGGGAAGCGGACGAGUCGUCGAGCGAGGCCUCCGAGACGGAGACUUCGGACGAGGAGGAAGACAAGGACGAGCCGUCGCCGGCGCCAAAGAAGAGAGUCAAGUCUGCCGCCUCGACACCGACUCCGAGUGGAUCCUCAAACGCGAUGGCGCGCUCGCCGCUUGCGACGCCGACUUCGCUCUUCGAGCCGUUCUCCGGCCGUCCUUUCAACUUUUCGCAGCUCACGCCGCCCACGCCGAGUCCCUCACUCAGCCCAUCCGGCUACCCAGCGGGCCCCUCUCGUCCCUUCAAAGCUUUGCCUCCGCCUCUCCCCGUCUUUGCGCUCCCCAACCCUGGCCAAAAUGCAUCUCGUAGCGCCACAUACUCGCAAGACACCAACGUCACUUCGCCCGUCGACCUCGUCGCCUCGUUCCUCGCCGCAACGCAGCCUUCGCGCAUCCACCUCGCCUCGGCUCUGGUCGACGCAGGCUUCGGGAGCGUCGAAGCGCUCGCUUUCCUCAGCUGCAGUCUCUCACCGCAGGCCCGCGAGGCUGUCUUUGGGGAGGUGGAGCGGCGGUUGAUGUUGGGGAUAAAGAUGUAG